UUCUCUGACCAAGCUGUACCAAAUUCACUGUGAAGAGGCUGCACAAAUAAGGAAAUCUUUUCACUUCAAAAAUAAACUGGGUGUUUUUAAAAAAAAAAAAAAAAAAAAAGUGAGGCGUGAAUACGCCCUUUUCACCGUUUCUAGUUUCACACAUUUUACAGCGCACAGCAGUUCCACUCAUUGACAUUUAUAAUGCAAAGGUUAUAUUCAGGCACAUUAGAUUAUAAAAAGAAGGGACUUGGGAUUCAAAGAAUCCCACUUUAAUACUCCUGGAUUAUAACCUGUGAAUUACAAACAAUACUUAAAAAGUAACUGCCUGCAAGGAUUCAAGGAUGGCUGCCAAGUGGGAAGACAUUUCUAGCAGGACUUUAAUAUAAUUUAAUUUCUUAUUAACUGAAAACUGUAAGUGAUCACUUUGAAACUUGAUAUAUACUAUCCAUUGAUUUUUUUUUUUUAACACUAUGAGGUCUUAAGUAAUCUUUGACGAUGACCCCAGCCACUCCCCCACCCUGACCCUUUAUUUUGGAGAGACUCAAAUACAUACAUAGAUUUUUUUUAAAAUCCCCAAACUUUACCCGAGACUAGGGAGAACAAAUAACAGAACUGCAUAUUUUCAGUGUGUAGAGUUAUGAUUAGGCUUGACAGGGGGGAGGACUUUGGUUUUAUUUUGAAAGCCACAACCGGAACUUACUUUAUAUUUCGAGCACGUCAUGCUUCUCAGUGCAGAAGCAGAGGAGCAGCUACAGCUGUCCUUUUAAAGUUGACUAUCCGGUUCUUCAUGUGACUGAAAGUCGGGUGUUACAAUUAAAAUCGAAACCAUAAAAACAUAAACGCUCGUGAUCUGGGGCAGUAGAGUGGGGCCUUCACUGACGGUCGCUUUCAGCUUAAUGACGAUGAUGAUGCCGAAGGGGCAGAAGCGCAAACUAUCAAUAGAGGAGGAGGCUUCAGACUAUAGAGCUCCCACCUGGGAGAGCCAGCAGCAGUUUCUGCUCACAGUUUCCCUCAACAAAUAUCAGUUCUCCCAGCAGCUACGUGAGCCCAGCCUGCGACGGUCCGUCCUGAUAGCCAACACCCUGCGGCAGAUCAGCCUGCAGAUGUCUAUGGUGCCAUCAGUCAACAUGGAGGUGUCACAACCUCCAGGUAUUGCUUCAUCUGCACUGACAGCAAGUAUUGCCGCUGCAGCAAAACGUCAUUCUGCUGUAACGGUUGACAGCUGCUCAGCUCUGGCCACCUGCCCCAUGGUUUCCUUAAAUUACUCACCAAAUUCUACUGAAAAGACAAACUACUCGAGUGAAUCAAAUUUCCAUAUCAGUAUAGAGGAUGAUGAGGACUGGGGAUCGAUGUCCACUGAUACUGAUUCAUCUCUUUCAGCUGUCAUUUCCUCUAUUCUUGCUGCACUGGACUCUACUAUAGACGGGAAUCCUCAGCCAGCUCCACGGAUACCCCUCAGGCCCUUGGAGAACAUGUCCAAGCCCUAUGAGGGAAGCGUGGCCUUGGUAAAUCACGGUCUCAGAGAUCCCGGUGACUGCAGGGAGCAGCAGGAAGACGGCAGCAUGGAGGUAAUGAGGUCCAGCUACCUUGGGGAUUUCACUGUGGAGGACUUGUUCCAGGAUAUAGACACAUCCCUGGUGGACAUAGACAUGGGAGUGAUUGGACACAGAAGCACUGAAGGUGGACACACAGCUGGGGAUGACCUGUUUAUGUACCUGCCACCUUUCUCCCCCCACUCCCCUUUCUCACCACACUCUAUAACACCCACCUCCCAAAAUGCCCAGCCUGCUCUGAUUGGCCAGUUGGCAUGAUGAAUACAAGGCAACACUUAUUAUGUAUAGUGACUGUUGUAAGCCCCCCAAGAGCUGUCGACCGCCUUUAAAACAGUAUCUUUGGGUUAACUGUGGAGCGACUACUUGUUUAAAAAAAAACAUUUUGUCAAAUGUUGUGGCUCUCAUUUAAGAAUUUUGUUAUUUUGUGUAUGAAUUUUUAAAUUCAGCUAUCCUUUACACAAAACUACAGCGCUCCUAAAGUCCUGUAAAGGUUCUUUCUUUUAUUAAAAUCCUGUGUGCACAAGCUUUUUUAAAAAUGUGCAAACAGGACAAAUAAGUCGCUGGACUAAUGUUAAAAAAGAGGAGGAAAGAAAUCACCUCACUGGACUUUAAGGUGUCUGUACAACACUGAGAAAAAUAACAAUGAUGGAUUUAAUCCAUUUUAAGUACAAAUUAAUGGUUUGUAAAUUACUUCGCAGUCUAAUGAUGAUCCCGAGGGGGCAGAAGCAUACACCCUCCCCCUCAAUCCAAGUCUGAUGUACCCAUCUUCACUCUCCACCAGCAUCUGCUUCAGUCUCUUAUCAAAAUCUUGAAGGGGAAGGAAUUAGCUCGAGCAUCUUUAUCAUAAACUCUGGUAGAGUUUAUAAAAACGGCUUGCGUGCAUGAACACCCAUCACUUGCCGUCUGCUCUGUCCUCUGUCGAUCAUUACACAGCCUUUAACCGCGGGGACAGGUAAAGGUCUGUGCACUGUCUCAGCACAGCUCUGCCAGUUAAUGUUGAGGACAU